AUGGGGGGUAAAAUUAAGAACUACACCAUAUGCCAAGAGAUUGGAAGAGGAGGCUUUGGAAAGGUAUAUGAAGUAAGAAUAGAGGACGGAGAGAAAGCCUAUGCACUCAAAAUAGAGAAUGGUAAGGAAAGGGGGAAAGGUAGCGUUAUAAUCAACGAAAUCCAGGCUUACCAUGAACUUCGGGGGUGUAAUGAAAUUCCUCCGCUCGUGGACUAUGGAUUUCAUGGGACCUUAGCCUUCCUUGUUCUUCCACUUUUCAGGUAUUCGUUGAGAGAUAUACUGGAAAGACACCCAAGAUUUUUCACCAGAAAAUCAGCCACUAUUGUUGGAAAGAAGCUUCUUAGCACCAUUGAAUAUAUACAUGAGAGAGGAAGGCUAUAUAGGGAUCUCAAACCGGAAAAUGUCAUGUUUGAUUAUAAUAACAAGGUAUAUCUAAUAGAUUUCGGAAUGUCGGUGCCAUAUCUAAAGAAAGACGGAAGCCACAUUCCUGAAGCAGAGGGCAAAAGUGUGUCAGGAACACUCUGGUAUAUGUCCAUAAAUACUCACAAGGGAAUGGAACAGUCAAGAAGAGAUGACCUUGAAAGUCUGUUCUAUCUCCUAAUCCUCUUGUACAAAUCAGGACUUCCUUGGAUGGAAGUUGGUGCUUCGAUAACGAAAAGGCAAAAGACAAGAACAAAAAAGAUCAAAGAGGAUUUGUCUGUGCACAAUUUAUGUGACGGGAUAAGUGGAAAGAAGCAUCUCAUAAAAUUUUUCCAAUAUGUUAGAGGCUUGAAAUUCUCUGAAAAGCCUGAUUAUAAAUAUUUGGAUAGUCUCUUGGAUGAAAUUUUCCACAAUGAGAAAGAGCUUCAGAGCUUCAAGGAGAUAGACGAUGAAGAUCAAAAGAAGAGUACCAAAACUGUUUCUAUUUCACUGUGGAGCAAAUUCGCCUCUAUCCUCAAUCCAUUUGUAGUAAGGUGA